AUGGCACAAGCAAGGUACACUAGGUUAGAUAAUAACAGGAGGCCUUCGUCGAAUUACUGCUCAACGGUGAUGGUUGUUGUGUUUGUGGCGCUAUGCUUAGUUGGGAUCUGGAUGAUGACGUCAUCAUCCUCUGUUGGACCUGGUGAGAAUGUUGAUGAGGUUUCUCUUGAUAACAAAGAUGGGAUUAAGAAACAGAUGAUUCCACCUGUGGAGGAGGGGAAUGGCCUGAAGUCUGAAGAGUUAGUUGGUGAAAGACCUGAUGAGGAGAAGAAAGGAGAUGGUGAUGGAAGUUUGCCUGAAGGAGAUGAGAGCUCUAGCAAACAAGAGAACCAGGAAGAGAAAAAAGAGACUAGUUCAUCUGGUGAUGAUGAGAGCUCGAGCAAAGACAAAGAAGAGUCUGCUUCAUCUAGUGAUGAGAGCACGAGCAAACAAGAGGACAAAGAAGAGAAAAAGGAAGAAGAGUCUGCUUCAUCUAGUGAUGAGAGCUCGAGCAAACAAGAGGACAAAGAGGAGAAAACUAAAGCACAAGAGGACAAAGAAGAGAAAACUAAAGAAGAGCCUACUUCAUCUAGUGAUGAGAGCUUGAGUAAACAAGAGGAAAAAGAAGAGAAAAAUAAAGAAGAGUCUGCUUCAUCCAGUGAUGAGAGCUCGAGUAAACAAGAGGACAAAGAAGAGAAAACUAAAGAAGAGUCUGCUUCAUCUAGUGAUGAGAGCUCGAGUAAACAAGAGGACAAAGAAGAGAAAACUAAAGAAGAGUCUGCUUCAUCUAGUGAUGAGAGCUCGAGUAAGCAAGAGGACAAAGAAGAGAAGAAAGAAGAAAGCACCAAAGAAGGGUCUACUUCAUCUGGUGAGACAAAGAGCGAGACAGAAGGUGGGGAAAAUAAAAAAGAUGACUCCAAGUCAGGGAAUGGUGAGGGAAGUGAUUUGGGUGAGAAAAAAGACUUCAAAGACAACCCAGAUGAAGAAAAUUCUGACUCGAAAGAUAAGCAAACCAAACCCGAAACGGAGGACAAUGAGUCCGGUGAUUUGGGUGAGAAAAAAGAUUUGAAAGACGAGCCAGAUGAAGAAAAUUCUGACUCGAAUGAUAAGCAAACCAAACCGGAGGACAACGAGUCCAGUGAGAAGGGUGAAAACCAAAAGAUAUCUGCAGCUGAUGAAAGUGAGAAACAGUCCAGUGACGAUGAUACAGAGGCAAAAGUUGGUAAAGAAACCACCACAGGCAAUGAAGGUGCUAAAACACAGACCGAGACAACUGUAGAGCAAGAGAGUCAGCCUAAAAACGAGACCUCGAGUGAACUCUCGCCUCCUGGGGCACAGUUAGAGCUACUGAACGAAACUACCGCACAAAAUGGUUCAUUUUCAACACAGGCAACAGAGUCCAAAAAUGAGAAGGAAGCUCAGAAGGGUUCUGGUGACCAAGUUGAUUUCAAAUGGACACUCUGCAAUACAACUGCUGGACCGGAUUACAUUCCCUGUCUGGAUAAUGUGCAAGCCAUUAAGAGUCUUAAGACUACUAAACAUUAUGAGCACCGUGAGAGGCAUUGCCCAGACAGCCCACCCACCUGCCUUGUUCCUUUGCCUGAUGGAUAUAAGCGGCCAAUUGAGUGGCCUAAAAGUCGAGAAAAGAUUUGGUACACUAACGUCCCUCAUACCAAGCUUGCUGAGUAUAAGGGGCAUCAAAACUGGGUUAAAGUUACCGGUGAGUUUCUAACUUUCCCUGGAGGAGGAACCCAAUUCAAGCAUGGUGCUCUUCAUUACAUCGAUUUCAUACAGGAGUCUGUCCCUGAUAUUUCUUGGGGUAAACGCUCUCGUGUGGUCUUGGAUGUUGGAUGUGGUGUUGCAAGCUUUGGAGGUUUCCUCUUUGACAGAGACGUGAUCACCAUGUCCCUCGCACCUAAAGAUGAACAUGAAGCUCAAGUGCAAUUUGCUCUUGAGAGAGGCAUUCCAGCCAUCUCUGCAGUGAUGGGCACUACAAGGCUACCUUUCCCUGGCAGAGUUUUUGACAUUGUUCACUGUGCUCGCUGUAGAGUGCCAUGGCACAUAGAAGGUGGAAAACUCCUUUUGGAACUUAAUCGUGUAUUGAGACCUGGUGGCUUCUUUGUGUGGUCUGCUACUCCUGUUUAUCAGAAGAAAGCCGAAGAUGUUGAAAUUUGGACAGCUAUGACUGAACUCACUAAGAAAAUGUGUUGGGAACUCAUCUCCAUCAACAAGGACAAAAUCAACGGGGUCGGUGUAGCUACUUACAGAAAGCCUACUUCAAAUGAAUGCUACAAAAGCAGAUCAGAACAACAACCUCCAAUUUGUGCGGACUCUGAUGACCCAAAUGCAUCUUGGAAGGUGCCACUUGAAGCAUGCAUGCACACAGCACCAGAAGACACAACGCAGCGUGGAUCUAAAUGGCCCGAGCAAUGGCCAGCGAGAUUAGAGAAACCACCGUUCUGGUUAUCAAGUUCCCAAACCGGAGUUUAUGGAAAAGCAGCACCAGAUGAUUUCACCGCUGAUUAUGAGCACUGGAAACGCGUAGUGACCAAAUCAUACCUUAAUGGUUUAGGAAUUAACUGGGCAUCUGUUAGAAAUGUCAUGGACAUGAAAGCCGUUUAUGGAGGAUUUGCAGCGGCUCUAAGAGACUUGAAAGUGUGGGUGAUGAAUGUUGUUCCAAUAGAUUCACCAGACACACUAGCAAUAAUCUAUGAACGUGGAUUCUUUGGUAUCUACCACGAUUGGUGUGAAUCUUUCAGUACUUACCCAAGAUCAUACGAUCUUCUCCACGCCGACCAUCUUUUCUCCAAACUCAAACAAAGGUGCAAUUUAACGGCGGUUAUUGCAGAAGUGGAUCGGGUUCUGAGACCAGAAGGGAAACUAUUAGUCCGAGACGAUGCAAAAACAAUACAAGAAGUGGAAGCAAUGGUGAAAGCAAUGAAAUGGGAAGUUCAUAUGACUUACUCUAAAGGCAAAGAAGGUUUGCUUUCUGUUCAAAAGUCAAUUUGGCGACCCAAAGAUGUACAAACUCUCACUUAUGCCAUCGCCGCUUGAGAGAACAUACUUAGUCUGAGACCCCCACUCUUCUUGUACGUAAACACACACACACACACACACACACUUAUUAACUCGUUAUUAUCUUCCUUUUUGUCGUCUUUUAGGUUAUUCUUCCCAUUUUUAGCGUUUUAAGUCUGAGUUGA